CUCCGGUCUGGACGCGGGCCAAGCCUGUCUGGUGUCAAACCAGCCUGAACAGAUACUCUCAGACAUCUCAUUUCUUCACCUCAUUCCUGAGACGGGACUGCCCACCCCCCGUGAAAAGCAAUUUGAACCUGAUAGCACAUCAUCUGCCUAUCUCCUCUGAAAGUCUCUGCUGGACUAUUAAGACAGGCGCUCCUCACUUUUUCCUCAUAAGCACUUUGCCACCGUGUAGAACCGGAGCCAGGCAUGGCUUUUACGCGCAAAUCGUCUGUCUUCCGACUGUCCUGUUAUAUAUUUUUUAAACAAGCUUGAUUCCGCGAUAUAUGACUUCUCUAAUGUUUUCUAUUUUUCUUUGAUCCGUGGAAAUGCUCCAUCCAGAUCCAUAAAGGACCAAAGUUUGGUUAAUAUGAACUUAUUGCCAAGUGGAAUAUGUUUUUAUUUAUCUGUAGCAAUCUGCUGGAUGACGGCCGAGGUCGAUGCGUCCUGGUGGUACAUGGGGACCCUGGGCUCCCAGGUUAUGUGCGACAACAUUCCCGGUCUGGUGAACAAGCAGCGGCAGCUGUGCCGGCAGCAUCCCAAAGUGAUGCAGGCCAUUGGUGCCGGGAUGAAGGACUGGAUCUCAGAGUGCCAGCACCAGUUUCGCAACCACCGCUGGAACUGCAACACUACAGUGCGGGAGCACAGCCUGUUUGGACGACUGCUGCUACGCAGCAGCCGUGAGGUGGCCUUUGUCUACGCCAUCUCCUCCGCUGGAGUGGUUUACACGUUGGCACGAGCCUGCAGCCAAGGGGACUUAGACUCCUGCUCCUGCGACCCCACUAAGAAGGGCUCCUCGCGGGACUCCAAGGGUUCCUUUGACUGGGGUGGCUGCAGUGACCACGUGGAGCACGCCAUGCGCUUCAGCCAAACCUUUGUGGACGCCAAGGAGAGGAAGGAGAGAGAUGCCCGGGCACUUAUGAACCUGCACAACAACAGAGCUGGGAGGAAGGCAGUGAAGCGCUUCAUGACUCUGGAGUGUAAAUGUCACGGCGUCAGUGGGUCGUGCAGCAUCAGGACCUGCUGGUUGGCCAUGGCUGACUUCCGACGCACUGGCGACCACCUGAGGAAGAGGUACAAUGGCGCCGUGCAGGUCGCUGUAAACCAGUAUGGCACUGGGUUCACUGCCGCACACACUCACUUCAAACAUCCAAGCAAGAAUGACCUGGUCUACUUUGAGGACUCACCAGACUACUGCAUACGGGACCAUGAGUCAGGCUCGAUGGGGACAGGAGGCCGAAUCUGCAACCGGACGUCUCGUGGAAUGGACGGCUGCGAGGUGAUGUGUUGUGGCCGAGGCUACGACACGUCACGCGUCAGUCGCACUACCAAGUGUGAAUGCAAGUUCCACUGGUGCUGCGCUGUCCACUGCCGCGACUGUCAGCAGCAGGUGGACGUGCACACCUGUAAGGGCCAGACGUGACCUGGCUGCCCCCUCAGAUCACUACUGACCUUAAACCAGCAGUUUUACUGGGAACCCAAACUACUGCUUUCUGCUGAGCUACACAAUUCGUCAUCUUGUCCUGAGAGACAAUUAGAGUCCAUCUUUAGCAAUAAUCCCUCGUUUCUGUGGUGUCGAUCAAACAGUAGGUACAGUACACACAGUAGUAAGUCUUCUGCUUAAUCCAAACCAGACGAGAACUUCUGUUUCCUCAAGGAUGCGGCCUUCAAAGAGCUUUCACACUCUAAGACUCUUCAUUGACUGUUGAUAGAUUAAAUGACUCAACACUAGUGAGCUGUGUUGCUGUCUAAAUAGAUCUAUUCAAAUCUGGUUUUCAAAGGUGGAGAGUUUAAAAAGUUUUGUCCAGGCAGACAUUUCUUCUUAAAAGCUGCUUCAGGUUCCUGCUGACCAACAGCACAAACAGAGACAGAAAUAAUCAGCUUUAGUAUUUGAUGUGGAGGCUCAUGUUGAGAUGAUUUGAAGGUGAACUAUUGACAGAAUGACUGCAGCCUGAGCAACAAUUACACAGCAGCAGCUGAACCAUCACCGUAGUAAUCUAUUUUCUGUCAUCCAAAGCUGUAAAUGCUCCGAGUCAUGCAGUUAUUUGGCUGGUUGUCAGUUUGUAAGUUUCACAGCUGAGAAAAAAGUCUAACCUGUCCAACUGAACUCUGACUCUGGACAUUACGCACUGCAUCCAUAUUUAAACACAAAGUCUCCUGCAAGAAUAUUUUGGGAUUCUAAUCCUAAACCUCUGUUUUUUUUGGCAAUGUUAAAGUUUUUUGCCCUUUUGUUGGCUUUAUUAGACUGGUUAGUAGAGAGGCAGACAGGAAAGUAGGGAGAAGAAUGGGGGGUGAGACCUGCAGCAAAGGACAUGAGCUGGAAUCAAGCCCCUGUUUAUGGGUUGCCUGCUCAACCAGUUGAGCUCUCUGGUUGCCCUUCUUUGGCAAUGUUUGUCUUAACUGGAAAAACAUGAGAGAAAUUGUUUCAGCCAGAUGAAUGUGAUCCUGAGAGUUCAUCAUUAGCAUAACAGACAUCUGUAAAAUCAGGCUUCCUGUUCAGCAGUUUCAUUCACAAUGUUUCCGACAAGCAAAAUGAAAAAAAUCACAGCCCAGUGUCCACAUGGUAGUAUCACAUUUGAGCUGUCGGCUACAUGUGGCCAGAGCAACAGUACACUGGGACAGAAAUAGAGCUUUAAUAGAGAUCGGAGGUUUUAUCAUCACAUCCAACUGGUAGGAGACCCUGAGGUGGACCUGGAUCAGAUGGGAUCUCCUAGGAGGAGCUGGGAAAGAACAGGGGUGUCAGUAGGAACCAAAUCUGGAUAAACAGCAGAAAAGCGGUGAUGUAACAUGAUGCAACAGCCACAAAACACAUCUGUAAAGACAGCCACACAGCGAUAGUAAAAAAGGGAUAAUAGCCUCUUGGUUCCUCAGCAGGUGAUUUUGCACCUUAAAGUGUAGAGACUGGAAAAAGCACCCCAAGACUUUCCUAGCAGCUGCUACUAAAGUGUUGCUGUACCUUAAUAUGCCAAAAAAAGAUCCUAGUUAGCAAACUGGCACCUAAAUUUGAACAUUUUGUUAUUGCCAAUUUCUCUUAAAUCACUCAUGUGCCACUUAAUCUGUUUGUAUCAGUGGUUCUUGCAGGAGGCCCAAAAGAAUCUACAUUACUUUUACUGAACAGACUGUAAUCUGCUUGUUCCAAGUCUCUGCAGAACGGUCCAACAUUUGCAUCACACAGUUUAAAGUGGCAGGACUUUAUCUCUGUAAAUAUGUGGUUGUAGAAAUUAAUCAGAUGUAUAGAAGAUGGAACUAGGAAGCAGACUGCACAUUUCACUUCCUCCUCCCAUGCCAGCCAAGCAUAUUUUCUGUAGUUCAGAUUCCUGAGUUGGACUGCACAGUAAAUCUGACAGUUUGUGAAGCAGAUCUGUUGUUAGGAACAUUGUUUUUUCCAAUCAGAUAUAACAACAAUGUACUCAUCGGGGCAUUUCUGAGACUGAAGAACAUGUUCAACAGGGUACAAAUACAAAUGCAAAACCCCCAAAAUCUGACUGCAUGUUUGCUGUUUCACUGUUGAACUGAUGCAGGCAGAAACUGAAUCACAAGACAGUUUAUUAACUCUUAAGACCCACUUCACACACUGCUCAGAUUCAUUUUUAUGUUUAUCCUGCUUUCUGAGCAGCAGCCGUUGUUUUCUGUUCAUUACUCCGCCAAGGAAUGCAGCAGUUAUGUGAUGAUCGGCGUACGUUUGUAACAUUGCUCAAAAACAGACUAACGGAUUUUGUUGAAAUUUUCAGGGAAGAUCAGAAAUGACACAAAGACCAUGAUUAGCAAUUAGAUUUUGGCAGUGAUGCGGCUUAGAGUCUGGAUCCACGUAUUUGUUAAAGAUUUCUGUAUCGUUGUGAGAUAGCAGCACAGCAUCACUGUAACUAUGACAAGUGAACACUACGUCAGCUGCCUGCUGAAGAUCAUGAUUGCAGUCCUACUACAAAUCCACCACUGUGUGCUUAUUGAGACUUAUCAGUCCGAAAUCAUACAAGGAACAAUAUGUGUUUCCGUGUCCCAUCAAUUCCCGCCACCUGCUACAUAUUUAGGUCACAAGAUUUGGUAUCUGUACAUAACGUACACAUACAUAACACACGCCUGUGCUCAGCACAAGGUCAUUUUUUAUUAAAGAUUUCAUCCAUCGGAAAUCAUACGACUGAGCAGCCUUGGCGGAGUACCGCGCUCUCUGAGUGCUUUUCUUGUUCCAAUGUGUCAGGAAAAUCCACUGCUCUAGCAUUGUUAACAGACUGAAGUGAAUGUGUAUUAAUAAUCUUUUAACAGUCACUGGACAUUGCCUUAAAAAUAUCCAUGAAUGUAUCAAACUCACUGCUUCCCUCAGCAUCACCGUAGACUAGAUGGAUGCAAACAGAACUCUUCUCGUACCUGUGGAGUGAACUGUUAGUUUGUGGAUGAAAGCAUAGAAAACAAAUAUGUGAAGGAUUCCACAGACAAACAACAAAAACCUACCAGCUUGUAUUUCAGGAGCCAAGCAGUAAGUCAGACGACAGCAGCUCCAGAUGACGAUCGGCUGCUGUUACAGCCAGUUCAAACACCGGCAAAUCAAAAUGGCGGGAAGAAGCUGGCUUGCAGCAAUACACAAAAAGUCCUUUAUUGUAUUUUUUUUUCCUUUUCACUUUUUUAAUGAUGGUAAUUGAUCACCUGUUUUGUACAACAAAAGAACAGCUUUAAAUGAUUGAAAACCCCAAAAAUGCAAACAUAUCAAAUAAAGUCAAAACCAAUUCUGGA